AUGGCUUCCUAUAAGUCACACUCGAAUCCUCCAAAGAGGAUGGAGGAGCAGACGCCGUACCCCCAACGUACUCCUUCAACUCGACUCCCCCAGAGAUCCGUCACGCCCACAGCCAACACUCAAUUGCCUACCUCCGGUUACUCCAAGUUGCAGAAGAGGAAGCCAGCCAGAGAUGAGCAGAUUCAUCCUAGCAGAGGGCUCAUCGGUCAACGAGCCCCCGUACCAAAGCCGUCGGUAGCGGUUCGAUCACGCCAAGGGAGCACACCUACUCCCCCAGUACCUCUGCCCCGUUCGUCCUCAAACUCCACGGCUUCGAAGCCAGCAUCGCAGACUUCAUCGUCCCGAUUACCCAAACUCGAAGUCCCCGGAACCACCCGUACGCCGUCCCUUGUAUCAGGAUCCUCUGCUUCGACCGUCGACAGCCCACGAUCGAAUGUGCUGAGGAAGAAACAGUCGAGCGUUGGAGUCAUAAGAACGAGGCAGGAUUCGCAGGAUUCGAAGACAAGGGAAGGAUCGAUGUCUUCCCAGGAAGAGGCGCACAUGGUCAAGGGUAUCCCGGGUGGCUACAAGGAUCCCUUUUCAGAAACCGUUUUGGGAAUAUCACUACCGCCAUCCUCUACGAUACUUGCUCGCUCAGACGCAGAAAUCGAGAUGCCAGAGUAUGACCCUUAUAGCUACGAGUUGGGCCCUACGGAAAUACUACCACCCCCCGCCCCACAGUAUGCUCUCUCGACCACGCCAUCCACUCGAUAUUCGGAGUCUCCGGGACCAUUCAGCGUCUCCUCAACCCCAACAUCCAUGUCUUCAUACUCGCCAGGAGUCGCCCUAUCAAGCAAGACAACGGGACGGGUGCGACAAGCAAGUCCACUACAGAGCAGGCCACCGAUUGCGAGGCACAGAACGCCGGAAGAGCGACAGCCGCAUGGACUUUCUUCCGUCCGAGAGUCUUCUACUUCCUCUUCAUCUGCUUCUACAAUACUUGCAGAAGGAGGGAGACAGAAGGAAAGGAAAUCACAAGACCGUCUACCAGCUCCGCCACCAAGCCCACCGACGCAUGCGAGUUCAGCACUCGCAGAACAAAGACCCCGAAUACAAGCCCCUCCUGAGUUAGCCCAUCUUGCCGAUCAACCCACAACGUCAUCCGUCGAACCACGAAGGCCGCCGCGGCCAAGCAGAGAGGGAACUUCUGAAAUAAGCGGGCUUCGAGGCCCGUCCCCUAUUAUUCAAAGCAACAUGACUAGCUUCCCCGUAUCCCAUAAAAGGACGACAUCCACAGAGUCCAGCAAAGGUAUCCCGCCUAGUGCAAAGUCUAGAUUUGGCAUACCAAUUAAGCCGUCUUCCCGCCAACCGUCACCUAAUCCCAGCCUUACGUCAGGAUUUGCUCCAGUUUCGCGAGUUCCCACCCGCGGUCCAACACCGGAUAUCCAAGGCGAUGCCGAGAAGCAGCGAGCCAAAACCCUCCCGACUCCCGCUCCUGCUCCCAGCCCAAGCAAGACGUCUCGGUUUGGCUUCUUCACUCGACGUACGAAGACAGAGCCGACACCACCGGCUCCGAAGCCUGAGAAAAAGCCCAAUCGCAGAGGACCCGCAGCAGGGACGGGGCACGAAGGGUAUGGAAGGUAUGCCGUCCGAGGCCGGAGCGUGAGCUCGGUCAGCGCCACAAGUAUUGGGAGAUCUGCAAGCGCAGCCACAACAACGGAGAGUUUGGACGGCACCCCAUCGACUCGGAAAAGCAGCGUAACUAGUACGAGCAGCGCCGAAAUGGAUGACUUUUUCCUCGACAGACUAGCACCCGUGGUCAUUCGAGGUACCGGAAGCAGCACCGAACUAUCCAGGAGUCCCGAGCCGAUGCAAAGCACAAGCAGUCUCGAUGUCGCAGGACCGCUAGGAUUAGAGCUAAAGAAGACUACCAGUAACCCGUCGCGCUCCGGCAUUGACGGCAACCGGCCAACUCUAUUGCCGUCUGCCAUGUCCGACCCCGUUCGCGGAAUGUCGCCAGUGAAAAAGCUGCCGCUUGGCUUGCGAAGGCCGUCAGAGAGCGAUGAUGACACGAAGAGGUCCUUCAUUCCAUCCCUCGCAACUCGGCGGACUUCGCGGACAUCAAAGCUUAUGGAAGCAGCCUCGUCUUCCAAGCAAACAGCCAGCGGAAGCGCUGCAGCGAAGGGACGGAAAGGCUCCGUCAGUGGAUUUGUUUCGGACGGAAAAGAGGGAAGCUGGCUCAAGUCCUCGAAAAAGGAGAAGCCCGAGAAAGAUCAGUCGAAGCCGUCCAAAAGGUGGAACUUCUUCCAGCGCGCUCAUGCAGCCCCGCGGGUGGCGUCUCCUGCCGUCACCGUGUCAACUGCUCCUGCUAGGGUACCUCCUUCGCGAUCCGUUGCUCAUUACGCACUCCUGGGCUCGCAGUCUGGCAUCGAUCUAGAGGACAUUGAGAAGAUCAUGCGAGAGGCGAACAGCACCCCCGAAGACUCAUCGCCGCCUGAGGAGGGCGUAGACAGCGCGCCUUCUGAGAAUGAGCCGGAAAAGAAGGAGCGUCUGCAGUCGAUGCUGCUGCCACCGAAGCCUGUCCUGCCUCUCAAUCGCGCGCCACCAGCUCGCUCCGCAUCGCCGACAGUCGUCCUGCGGCCUGAACAACAACAGCAUCCCAAACUCACUGUGGACACAAAUGUCGCCGCCGCCGCUUUGUCAACUGGCCCCCAAGCGCCCCCAGCGCGCGCGUCGCAGCCCGAGCUGACCCCCGUUACCGAUCUGUCCCCUUCUUCGUCGCCAAUCCAGCCACUCUCUCCCAUAGAGCCUCUAGUCGCCCCUACGAGAACUCCCGCUCCUCCUUCCGUUCCGCCACCACAAACUCUUGCUCCUCCCGGUCCUCCACCCUCAAAUCCACCUCCUAGGCCCAGCCGGCUAGCGCAAGUAGGCCGUAUCCCUCUGGUCGUCUCCAGACGCAACCAAGGGCAUCGGCCUCCUUCUCAGUCGUUCUCUCGUCCGUUCGUGCUCGAUCAGCCCCGUCCAAGCGUGCCCUCUCGCACCUCCGUCGACUCUAUUGGUUCUUUGAGGGCUACUGCCGGCCCGGCCGAGCCGUAUCCUGUUCUUCACGGCCUCAAUGCGCUAUCCCAUAGCUCGGCUAUUGCUACCAUUAGCCCGGGUGCAGAAGACUCCAAUCGCCAGAGCGAGUUCUUCAAGUUCCCACCUCGCAAGGACUCUGAACUCUCCUACUCCAGUAGUUCGGGCAUCUGGAGUUUUCCACCUACUGCCGGCACCGCCGUGAUACCCCCUCCCGGCGCUCCCCAGUCCGAAGAUGAAGUGUGGAAUGAGUACGAUGAUUUGAUUGACGAAGUGCUUUCGCCUGGUGAAUUGCUCGCUCGCUCGACUAAGGGCAAGGCUGCGCGAAAACACCCUUCGCUUGAACCGCUUCCUCUCAAAACGAAAUCUUCGCACGCAUCAUCGCAGUCCGCUGGCUCCGCUACCGGGGCCUCUAACCCAUCGCUUCACCUUCGCCGCUCCCGUCUACUCGCUGUGCUCCAUUCCCAGUCUCCUACAUCUCCCGUGUCGCUGUCUGAGUUCCUGCAGGAGUAUGGAGAAAAGCAUAUCAACGUCGUCGACCCAAUCACUGGACGCCUGAGCUUUCCGUCUACCACCCGCAUGUCGUCUGGCUCUGGGCCUCGAACUCGCCCUGGCUCAACUCGGUCCAGCCUUCCGGCAUCCCUGACUCUCAGCGCACGCCAAUCUAAGGCUACGAUCGCUUCGAGCUCCGACAAAGCACGCGACAGUGCCAACUCGAACAAGUAUAGGGAUACCAGGCUGAUGGAGAUUGCGGAGACUCAGGCGGAUGGGCUGGUGUCCAUGGCCAAUCUACGCUUCGGAGCGCUGAUGACGAGCAAGUGGCUCAGUUUUGGUCGCGUCCUAUUUAGCCCUGCUCAUUUUGAGCUCAAAGAUCCAAGCGAAGAUCGUAUUCUGGUCAUCGACGGCCUUGGGAAGGACUGGUCGUACUACUGCGCCCUCACUUACCCCGAAGCUACCAUCUACAACCUUGGACCCGGACCGUCGUCUUCGGCGCUGCCCAAUGGCAAUGCAUCCGAACCGUGGUCGACCCUGAAGAAUCAUCGGCACAUCUCUCAUCAGUCUCUCGGCGCUGCUUUCCCGUUCCCGAAGGGCUUUUUCGCCUGCGCCGUUCUACGCUUCCCUCCAGGUCUACCCUCCUCAGUCCACCGCUCUAUCCUUUCAGAGUGCAAGCGUGUGCUGCGGCCUGGAGGCUAUCUCGAACUGAGCGUCCUCGACCUGGAUCUAGUCAACAUGGGAAAUCGCGCCAGGCGUGCCGUUCGCGGACUGAAGGUCAAGAUGCAGGUUGCUGAUGAAAAUGUCUCGCUUCGCAACAUCAGCGACGAAAUCAUGGCUCUCCUCGGUAGGAAAGGCUUCACCGAGUGCAACAGGUGCUUCGUAGGAGUGCCUGUUGCCGGCCGUCUCCCGAGCCCGGAUGACAUUAAUACUCCUGAGAGCAAGAGAAAGGGAAGCACCGUAAGCUCAAUCGGCAAGGCUACCGGCGCACCCUUCCAGUCGGCCAAGCAACCGAAGCAGCCGAAGCCCGAAAUUUCCUUCUCCGAUCUUCUCAACGCGCAGGCUUCCUCCGAUUCAAUGGACGAUCGCAUCACCGAGAUGGUGGCGCGUGUGGGCCGCUGGUGGUACUCGCGCUGCUACGAGUCCCUGGUCCUCCCCGAGGCCGGCGAACCGGGCGCCGCGAGCUCGGGCAACCUCCUCGAGAGCAGCAUCUGGCGCGACGAGAGCCUCAUCACUGAGUGCGAGAAGCGCGGCACGAGUUUUAGACUUCUAAUCGGCUACGCGCAGAAGCCCGAGGUUGGCGUUCGACGAACAGUCAGCGUGUAA